AGGUGGGAUGGGAGGAACUGUGUGUUGCGCGAAUUUGACAGAUAGGUUAAUAUGUGCGGUAAUCUCGUUAGUUUUGUAAAACACUACGCAAAGAAACGUUUAGGACCUGUAGCUACCUCAGCAUCCAACAGAUAACCUAUGGUUCAGAAAGAAGAAUCACUUCAUGUUAGUCGCUUAGCUAGCCAGUCCACAUGUUAGCUAGCAUAGCGAGCUGGCUAGCUUCAGAGUCAGCAGCCUAAAUCAUUUAGCUAACCAUAUAGUUGGUUUUCUGCUUUGAGUCUAAAUCUUAGUGACUAGCUAGAUAGCUGGCAAGGUUAAUUGUCCAUCUAGCGGUACGGUGUAAUUAACUCCCAACUGACUAGAUAUUGGUUGGUAGUUGAAUUAGAAUAACACAUACAAUGACUUUUAGGUCUUUUAAUAGUUCAUUUUAAAAGUAGACAGGAAGAUAGAAAUAUUAUUCUGCUUUGUCGUGUAGAGUUUGGGAGCUAGUGUAUCUGUCUUGCAUCUAGCUAAUGUAGCUCCGAUUGGUGAUCGAUCACUGAUUAUUGACUAGCUAGCAAGCUAGUUAGCGAACAUUCCUGCCUAAUAUAUUUAAUUAGCCCUCGGGGGAAAAAAGAAAACAUAUCUCGGCCUUACGGGGAGCAGCGAGUUGUAAAAUAGGAUUUAACCUCCGAGCUAGCCAGCCUCGUCCCUGGCGAAGUAGCUAACGUACCAUGGAGAGAAGUGGUUGUGGAAACAUUCCAACGUUGAGGACAGAGGACGCCGAUUCAGAUGCGCCGAAGGAAAAAGGAGACACUACCGCUAUGGUGGUAGUCAACCAGAGUAACCUUAGGGCGCCGAGUCCCAGGGGUGGCAAUGGUGAUGACGACUCCGAAGCCGAGUCGUACCGGGACGGCCGAACAGAGGAGGUUGACAGGGACAUGAAGGCCAGGGCGUACGCCUGGUGCCGGGACUUCCUGUCUGGAACAUGGAAAAAGAUUCCUGAGGCGGAUUUCCAGAUUAGCAUUGUAAGCGGCGGCCUGAGUAACCUGCUGUACUUGUGCAGCCUGCCCGACCAUGUGCACUGCGUGGGUGACGAGCCCCGGCAGGUGCUGCUGCGGGUCUAUGGCGCCAUCCUACAGGGUGUGGACUCGCUGGUUCUGGAGAGCGUGAUGUUUGCCAUCCUGGCGGAGCGGACGCUGGGCCCUCGUCUCUAUGGCAUCUUUCCCGAGGGACGUCUGGAGCAGUAUGUCCCGAGCACACGCCUACGGACAGAGCAGCUCCGCAUUCCAGAGCUGUCGGCGGAGAUCGCGGUUAAGAUGGCCCGCUUCCACGGAAUGGCCAUGCCCUUUAACAAGGAGCCAAAGUGGCUGUUUGGGACCAUAGACAGGUACAUGGGUCAGAUUCUGAAGCUGAAGUUCGUCCGAGAGGCCCACGUGAAGAAGUUCAACAAACUGAUGAAGCACAACCUGCAAGAGGAGCUGGAGAGUCUCCGGGCACUGCUUGCAGCGACCCCAUCCCCUGUGGUGUUCUGUCAUAAUGACGUUCAGGAAGGCAACAUUCUCAUGCUGGAGGACCAGGAUCCCUCUUCAAAAGAAAAACUCAUGCUAAUAGAUUUUGAGUACAGCAGCUACAAUUACAGGGGCUUCGACUUUGGUAAUCACUUCUGCGAGUGGGUAUAUGACUACACUUAUGACCAGUGGCCGUUCUUCAAGGCAAACUUGGACAACUACCCAAACAGAGAGCAACAACUGCAUUUCAUUCGAAGCUACUUGGCAGAAAGCGGUGGAUAUUCUGAAAAUACCAUGCAUGAGGACCAGGCGAGAAUUGAGGAGGAAAUGAUCAUUGAAACCAACCGAUAUGCCUUGGCCUCUCAUUUCUUGUGGGGUUUGUGGUCCAUCAUUCAAGCAAAAAUAUCUACAAUUGAGUUUGGGUAUAUGGACUAUGCCCAGAGCCGAUUUGAUGCAUACUUCAAGCAGAAAAAGCUGUUUACAUAACCUUCACUACAUCUUCCUGUCCCUCAGUCUCUCUCUCUCUCAAAGCAAGUCAGUCAGAAGUACUGUAAUCUGUACAGUUUCUGGAUCAUCUUUUUUCUGUGUUUGCAUCUUAUUCUGCCGUGUUACAUCUUCUGUUUCCUGUUUUGUUUCCUCAAGUACUUUUACUAGGAGUAAAACAAAGUAAAGUUCUAGUGCAGCCAAUUUACUGGCUUUUACUGUGCGGUGGAGGAAAGCACAAUGAAGUCAACCUUUGAAACUGGUACCCACAAAGAGAAUACUGCAUUCUAUAGAGUAAAAGGUACCGUAGUUUAGCAGGCAGAUGAAAACUCCAGAUCAAGUACUGGUGGUCGCUUUCAUUUGCCAGAAAGACAGCACUUGAUAAUCCACGCUUAACUACAAGCACUUACAACACUUACUACUUCUGUGUAGUAGUUAGCUUUCCGUUAGCUAAUAGCACCUACCACAGUGCAUUUUACAUUUGCUUCAGGUCUUUUCUUGUGGGAUAAAACUACACCAAAUACAUGCUGCAUGUACUCAUCUCAUUCUAGUGUAAUACAUAGAAACAAAACACUUAUGUUUUUUGUUUAUACCGGUUUAAUUAUAAUUGCUGUGAAUGUACGUUUAAAGAAAAAACUGUUCAUACUUUGUUUGAAUUCUUGUUGGUUUCCAGGGAUGUCAUUGUUCGAAAUUCAUGUGUAUUCACUUUCAUGUUAAGUUUCCUUGUUCAUAUUGCAAGCACUUUCCACCUCAUAACUGAAUUUAUUCCCAUAUUUCUUUAGUAAUGCUGUGAAACAGAGGGUCCAAAGAUGUACUCUGUGUUUAUCUGUCUUUUUUUGAAUUUUUACCAUUUUCAACAUUCUGUCUUUGUAUCUCAUAACUUUGUGGAAAUUAUGAAUAGAGGCACAAUGAGAGUUGUGGACUGAAGUUUUGCAUCGUGUUACCAUGCUCUGAGGUACUGCAUGCUGAACGUUUGAGGGCAUCUAAAAAACUAUGAUUGUCCGUCUGUAUGUUUGUAUGUCAUUCAUAUGUGAUGUGUCUAGGACAUUUGUGUUACUGUCUCUGAAUGACGAGUUACUCUAGUCUGCGACUGUCCUGUGAGGUUGACCUGCAAGUUGAAUCAUGGUCACCUGGCAGAGUCAGCUUGACCGUACAAAAAGCAUGUUGUUGCCACCUGGUAUCAUGCAUUAGCAUGGGAAUGUUGUGCGCACUGACCUGUAUUGCUAUAGCAUGGAAAGGGCUUGUUUCAUAUCACAGUUACACCAAAUUGGCCUGCCCAGUGGACCGUUGUGUUUCAUAGGACAGUAUAGAAAUGGUCACGCUAUUUCAGUUUGGCCUACUAUACAAUAAAUAAGACAUUCAUGGGUCAGCCGGUAGGUGUUGCUUCCACAUGAGUGACAUGAGUCACAGUGGCUAAAUGUCUCCCAUGUUUGCCUUUUACCUGACCUUACUUAGAGCUUGUAUGAGACUGACAGUAACCAGUCAGACACCGUGCAUAGAACUGAAGAGUUUGCAGAAGGCCAAACGUUAAUAGCAUGACCCUAUCCAAAUGGAUACGCUGUCAAUGGGGCAGGCAAACGCCAAAGAAUUUUGGCCCUAGUUCGCAACCAGGCUGAAUUUGUUGAAUUCCAGGGGGCUGG